GACGUAGAGCCAGUUCACUCAUUCGCUCGCUGGCUCUCUUGUGGUGGCUGGGCGCCUUUUUGCCGCGUGAGGCGGUUUCUGCGCCAACCCUGAAGGGAAGAGGAGAGAGGAGGAAGUGGGGCCCAAGGCAGGCAGGCAGGAGAGGCCUCCUCGCCCCGGGGGAAUCUUCUCCAAGCAGAGGGAGAGCCAAAGCCAGACACCUUCCUGUUUGUCAAGAGACAGAACUUCUCCAUGUUUCGAGUCCAGUUGAACUUCUGUUUGAACCCAUCGCAGCAGUGAUGGAGAAGGCAUCUCUGCUGCAGCUGCGUAUUUUUGAUCUCAAUUGCUGGGGUAUUCGCUACGUAAGUAAAUUACGGCACGAACGUGUAGAAUUGAUUGGUGAUGUUCUCAACCAGGAAGGAUUUGACUUGGUCCUUCUACAAGAGGUGUGGAGUGAGAAAGAUUAUUGGGAAUUGAAGAAGAAACUGUGUACCUGCUACCCAUCUUCCCAUUAUUUCAAAAGUGGAGUGAUUGGCAGCGGGGCCUGUGUCUUCUCCAAACACCAAAUACUGGAUACCUUCCAGCACCAAUAUUCUGUAAAUGGCUAUCCCUACAUGUUCCAACAUGGAGAUUGGUUUGGUGGCAAGUCUGUGGGGCUGGUGGUACUAAAGAUUGAAGGAAUUGUUUUCAAUAUCUAUGUAACACAUCUCCAUGCAGAAUACUCUCGGGAAAAGGAUUAUUACCUGUCUCAUCGAGUGGUUCAGGCCUGGGAACUUGGCCAGUUUAUACAACAUACUUGCAAAGGAGCCGAUGUGGUUCUGCUUGGAGGAGAUCUCAAUAUGCACCCAGAGGAUGUUGUCGUUCGGCUGUUGCAAGGUUGGGUUGGGCUGCAGGACUCCUUCAUCACAGCAGAAAAGGUUAAGGGUUGUGAAGAUGGCUGUACUCUGGUGCCAUCCAACUGCUUCACAAACAAGAAGGAACUACAGUGUUUCCCCCAAGGAAUUCGUAUUGACUACAUUCUUUAUAAGGCAUUAUCUCAAUAUGAAAUAAGGUGCAAUAGCCAUGAAACUACAACCGGGAAGGCUCCCAACAAGGACAUUCCUUACUCUGACCAUGAAGCUGUCAUGGUCAACCUGUCUGUGGCUAAAAAACAAUCAGAUGAAGUAUCAAACCAUCCUGCAGUUGAGCCAACAAUGGUGGACAUCUUGAACGAAGCACGAAUGGAAGUGCGGGUGGGGCUUCACUCAGCAGAACGCCAGCGAUAUUCCUGCGGCCGCAUGGCUGUCCUGGCUCUGCUGCUGCUGCUCAUCCAAGGAGCCAUGGGCCUGACUUCCAUCUUGGGUGGAAACCCACAGCAGCCCUUCCCCAAGUUCUCCUUCUCCCUGCUUAGCCUGCUGGCUGUGUUGGUCUUACUCAUCUCAGCUGUACUGUAUCUCUUCCACACCAUUGAAGUGAGGAUGCUGCAAGGGACAGAGGAGGAAAUGCGGCUGGGGCUGCAGACUCUCCAGGACAAGCUGAGCUUGGGAUGAAACCUUUUGUUCCUGAAGCUGUGAUAGGGACCAAGAGACCUUUUGGCAAAUGUGUGAGCAGAACAUCUUCCAUUUUCUGCUGUGUUGUCAGCGGAAGUAGUAAAGUAUGUAAACUAGCAUUUGAUACUGUAAAGGGUUUUUAGACAUUUUUUAAGGACAGUAACACUUUCUAUGGAUGGGUCUAUCUUUCCAUUGAAUAAAUUAUUUUAAAAACCAUAUUGUAAAAAACAGAAUUUUGAAGGUAAAAUGGGAAUGACAUGGAACUGAAAUACUGCAUAGAGAGAGCAGCAUUUUAAUUUUUUAAAGAAGUUAUGCUGCUCGAGCUGCAUAAAAUGCAAACAGAUUCAGACAAUGUAGUACUGCAAAAGAUGAUAUAAAUGUAUUAUAAUAAAUGCUCUCACAAGUUCUACACAGAUACUUUUUUGGAAUUCUUUUGACCAGAAUAAAUUUAUCUUUCUAGAAA